AUGCCUUCUCUUGAAGAUCCCAAGCCCAGUGAGGCGCGGCUGCUUCUGGUGUCGAAUCGCCUGCCGAUCACGAUCAAACGGUCCGCAGAUGGGAAAUACGACUUCUCCAUGUCGUCUGGUGGUUUGGUCAGUGGCUUGAGUGGUCUCUCGAAAUCGACAACCUUCCAGUGGUACGGCUGGCCCGGUCUGGAAGUGCCCGAGGGAGAAAUUUCGGUGGUCAAGCAGCGCCUGAAGAAUGAAUAUGGCGCGGUGCCGGUUUUUAUUGACGAUGACCUGGCGGACCGACAUUACAAUGGAUUCUCAAACUCAAUUCUCUGGCCCCUCUUCCAUUACCACCCCGGUGAAAUCACCUUUGAUGAGUCGGCUUGGGAGGCCUACAAGGAGGCCAACCGCUUGUUCGCAAAGGCCAUUGCCAAGGAGGUCCAGGAUGGGGACUUGAUCUGGGUCCACGACUACCAUCUCAUGCUACUUCCUGAAAUGCUUCGCGAAGAGAUCGGCGAUAGCAAGCAGAAUGUCAAGAUUGGAUUCUUCCUGCACACCCCAUUUCCCAGCAGUGAGAUCUAUCGCAUUCUUCCGGUGCGGAACGAGCUGCUCCUGGGUGUUCUGCAUUGCGAUCUGAUCGGCUUCCACACCUACGACUAUACCCGACAUUUUUUGAGCAGCUGCUCGCGCUUACUGGGCCUUGCGACAACGCCGAAUGGCAUUGAAUUCCAGGGCAAGAUUAUCACCUGCGGCGCUUUCCCCAUCGGGAUCGACCCGGAGAAGUUCAAGGAAGGCUUGAAAAAGGAGAAGGUUCAAAAACGCAUUGCCAUGUUGGAGCAGAAAUUCCAAGGCGUGAAACUCAUGGUCGGUGUCGAUCGUCUGGAUUACAUCAAAGGCGUGCCACAGAAGCUGCACGCGCUCGAGGUAUUUCUCAGUGACCAUCCGGAAUGGGUGGGCAAGGUCGUCUUGGUACAAGUUGCCGUUCCCAGCCGACAAGAUGUCGAAGAAUAUCAGAACUUGCGGGCUGUGGUGAACGAGCUGGUUGGCCGGAUCAACGGAAAGUUCGGCACUGUGGAGUUCAUGCCUAUUCACUUCCUCCACAAGUCCGUCAACUUCGACGAGCUCAUUGCCCUCUAUGCGGUGUCUGAUGCGUGCAUCGUCUCGUCUACUCGGGACGGAAUGAACCUCGUGGCCUACGAAUACAUCGCAACUCAGCAAAAACGCCAUGGAGUUUUGGUGCUUUCCGAGUUUGCGGGCGCAGCCCAGAGUCUCAACGGGAGCAUUAUCGUCAACCCUUGGAACACGGAGGAGCUGGCCGGCGCAUAUCAAGAAGCCGUCACCAUGAGCGAUGAGCAGAGAGCACUCAAUUUCGCCAAGCUGGACAAAUAUGUCUCUAAGUACACCAGUGCCUUCUGGGGCCAGUCCUUCGUGACUGAGCUCACCCGGAUAUCUGCCCAGUCGGCGGACAAAUUCCAAUCCAAGAAACCGACUCCCGCCAGUGAUGGCGAGGUCUCAGCGCCGAAGCAGGCUGCGUAA